UAAGGAUCCGCUUCGGGAAAGUCAUAUUCCUGGUCGUAAUGUUGGACAGAGCUAGCCCGUCUCCCUCCACCCUGCCGGAGUCCACGGGUCACAACUCUCCCGGUAGCGCCUUACUGCUGAGUCUGAAGAGGGUGUCUGUGCGGCUGGUCGACUGCAGGAAAACACCAGGGCAGAGUGGAACUGUGAGAGAAGGACACGAGGAGGGAGAUGGAGAUUUGAUUUCAUCAAGGGACACUCCUAACCAUCGUUCUCUCAGUGGGAGGGACUUAUCAUCUGGGGAGCUUCAACAACAACAUGUUGCUGACGAGGCAGAGAAGAGUCUCUCCCAAUCAGAACACCUCAAACACCAGCACAGACGUACAGGGAAGAAAUCUCACCACAGCUGCUCUGACUGUGGGAAGAGUUUCACUACACGGAGGUCCUUCAUAAUUCACCAGCGAACACACACAGGAGAAAAACCUUAUAGCUGUGAUCAGUGUGGGAAGAGUUUUGCUCGAGCUUCUAACCUGACUACACACCAGCGAACACACACAGGAGAAAAGCCCUAUAGCUGUGAUCAGUGUGGGAAGAGUUUUGCUGCAUAUAACACCUUCAAAUAUCAUCUGAGAAUUUAUGAAGGGGAGAAGCCCUACCCCUGCCUUGAUUGUGGGAAAAACUUUGUUAAUGCAGGAGCCCUAACCAUACACCAGCGUAUACACACAGGAGAGAAGCCUUAUAGCUGUCAUCAGUGUGGAAAGAGCUUUGCUGUAGCUUCCACCCUGAUUAGACACCAGCGCAUACACACUGGAGAGAAGCCUUAUAUCUGUAAUCUGUGUGGGAAGAGCUUUGCUGUAUCAGAUAAACUAACUAUACACCAGCGCAUACACACUGGAGUGAAGCCUUAUAGCUGUGAUCAUUGUGGAAAGAUCUUUGCUCGAGCUUCCACCCUAACUAUACACCAGCGAACACACACAGGAGAGAAGCCUUAUAGCUGUGAUCAGUGUGGAAAGAGCUUUGCUUUAGCUUCCACCCUGACUGCACACCAGCGAACACACACAGGAGAAAAGCCUUAUAGCUGUGAUCAGUGUGGAAAGAUCUUUGCUGAAUCAGGGACCCUGAAUUCACACCAGCGAACACACACUAGAGAGAACCCCUAUGUCUGUCUAUGUGGAAAGAGCUUUGCUCGUUUAGGGCCAAUGAAAAAACACCAGAAAGCAAAAAUGUGCCAUAUUUCAUCUCCCUCCCUUCUGUCACCGGUUCCAGAUCCAUAAAUAAAGGAUCAGUAGAAAACAUCCAGUGAACAGUCAUAUCCAUCUCCCAUUCUUAAACAGUUGCCUCAGUCUGAUCACCAUGGUAACCUCUGGAGCAUAAUAUGCAGCUCUGAUCUGGGAUCAGGUCUCCCCUGUGUCUAUGUAAUAUCACACAUUGAUCUAAAUGGAUAAAUGUUAUCAUAGGAAAUGUUAUAGGGAACCUGUGUGUGUGUGUGUGGGAGGGAUGUUGAUAGUUGUAUCUUCUUCCAUAUACUCAUGAUACUAUUAUUAUUAAAUGUCAUUAUGUAGAAUAAUGUUUCAACAAUAACCGGAAGGUUGCUGGGUCGAAUCCCAAACGGACAAGGUAAAAGAUCUGUCAUCUGCCCCUGAACAAGGCAGUUAACCCACUGUUCCCCGGUAGGUCGCCAUUCUAAAUAAGGAUUUGUUCUUAACUGACUUGCCUAGUUAAAUAAAGGUUCAAUUAAAAGAAAAAUCAUAUAUUCAAUUGAUUUAUAAAUUCAAGCCAUUAUCUUCUAAACAAUAACUUUAAUUUGUUUUAUAAUAUCUAAAUUGAUUUGUUCCUAAAAUUAAUCAAUUAUACAUUGAAUAAUAAUAUCCAUGAGGUCAAGGCAAGAACUAUGCAUGCUGUGUCUUGUAACAACGGUUAAUGUAAUAACGUUUAGAUUUAUAAUGUAAUAAAACCGGUAAAUGUAAUAUCUUGAUUGUUAAUUAUAAAAUAUUGAAUUGUUAUAGUAUGACUUUUUCCACUUAAUGUAAUAAGUUACGUUAUCAGGUGAGUAACAACUUUUUAAAUUAAUAACAUAAUAACUUCAACCGAUCAUGUAAUAACACCUAAACCAAUGUUUAAUGUGUUACUUCACUAAUGUUAAUGUACAUACCACCCUCCACCAAUUGGUAAGGGACACACAAAUCUAGCGCAGCGGUAACCAGUCUGGUAUUUUAUAGGCUACACUUACUGGGCAUCAGACAAUACAACUACCUGGACUCUCGAAGAGGAUGUUGUCCAAAUGACGCUCGGGUAGAGUUAGACGACAACAGACAUCAGGAUGUUAAACGUUUUGACUUUAAUAGAUCAGGUCAAAUCUUAUCCAGGAUCUUUCUGAAGUAAGAUUAGCCUAUAUCAGACACUUAUUUGUCAUCUUAAAUCUAGUUUUGAUAUUGAAAAGGACGUCUGAUUGCUCUGGUAUAGCUGUUCUUUAUCUGAACGCUGUAACAAAGAAACUAACUGUAGUGUAGGCUAGCUACAGAUUUACUGUCACUUUUAAACGCUGAAGAAAGAAUAGGUAACUAUGGACCGGGUAAAUUUGGUUGAAUUGUAUUAACAGUAUUCCUACUGUGGUGUAUAACAUGUCUAGGCCUAGUUAUCAUCUUUGAUCUUCCAUAUCCAUUCGUUCCAUUUGAACAGCUGGACAAAAUAAACAAUGGAGGUAAUAAACACUUGGGAUAUUUUGUCCUUCAGCAAAGUAGCCUACUAGCCUAAAGCACACAGUUUGAUACAAGGCAACGCGCAGGUAAAGUCAGAACCAUGGAGAAAUAAUGAGGCCAAGGCUACACCUUGCAGUAGCGGUGUGUGGGUAAAAUCACCUGGGAAGCCAUAUUACAACCCACGUGUUGUGAUAAUUGCGUUUUUUGUUCUAGCCUGUUACUUCAUAUGCCUUGACACAGCCGAGAUGACAGUGGCAGAAUCAUUUCAACCACACCUUUGUUAAAUCAUGAAACCGGAGAGCAACAUCUGUCUUG